ACGGGAGUGUGUUGACGAUGCUUGGCCCUGUGAAAUUUCUCGCCAAAACAAACGGGUACAGGAGAUCCGGAAACAGUCCCACGGUACAGGCCGGGCAUCGUAUGUCUUCGACACUCGUGCCUUUUGACACGUCGGACGAGGAUCUCCCCGGCAUAGCAAAGAGAGAGAGACAGAGGACUCCACAUUGUUUUCCAACGCAGCAGACGUCAGCGGGUGGAAGCCGGCGCCGCAACAAAUGGACCCAGCCGCGUCAUCAGCCUGACGAAGGGGCUCGUGGUCCUCCUGUGGAAUCGACCCACCAGAGGGAAUGUGCAGAACCGUCUCCGCCGUCCACCCGGCAAGACGAAGGCACCCCUGUCAUUACAUACAGAAGGAAGGGUUUGACGACUGGUCCGUCUGCUGCCCGCCAGAAAGACUAUGGUGGUGCGUCCGGGAGGGCGGCCCUACGGGAGGUAAGCGAAGGAUCGAACAAGGAAACGGAGGAUGAUCUUCGGAUUCGUGUUGAUCGGCAUCCGCAGGGUAAUCAUGCCCUGGACGAUGAGGAAUGUGGGGUCGAAGAGGACGAUGUCGAAGAGGAGAAAAGGGAGAGAGAGAGAGAGGGAGAGGGUAGUGAGGAAUCUAUGCACGACUGCGAGGAUGGGGAGUCUCGACAGUACGACGAGGGGGACUAUGGGGGCGAUGGAGAAAACGAUGAUGCCUAUCCUGGCGAUGACGAGGAUAGAGGGCAAGAAGGGUCGGCUGAUGUGGAGGUCGAUGAGGGAACAGGAGAUCGGUCGGAGGGCAGUGUGCACAAAAGGAAGCGGCGAUCUUCAAUAAGUCCAACGGCGACGGCGGAUAAACGCGCUGCGAAAAGACUCACUGUUGCUGCAUCUCGAGAGGCACUCAGAGCUUCUCAAGAGGUGGUCGCUGAAAACGUGAAGAACCGCAAAGGGAAGGCAUGGUCGAUGAGGGUGACUCCGGAGAGGACGCCGAAGGGGUUGCUCCAAGGGCUCCAUCGGAACAGACAACCUUCCGCCGACACCCGUUAUGACGCCAUCGACACAACACGCUGCUUCUUCUUGGAGUUCGAUGAGGAUGGGUUUGCGAAGAAGAAUCGGGAACAUAUUCAAGUGGAUGUAACGAAGAUCUUGCCAAUUCCUGAAGGUGACAUCCUCUUCAACCAUAGAACAUUGGACGAAACGUUGGUGCAGUCCAUAUAUGAUGCGAUCCAUUAUGCGGCUAAGGAAACCAAUGGGAAGUGGGAUAUCAUGACUUUCAUCCUGGCUCCCAUUGUACCGAACGGGGAUGACUCUCAAGGCAGACGGAUCACACCGAAGGAGUUCGACGUCGCACUGGCUCAUACAUACCACUUGUAUGUUGUUGCUGGUCAGCACACGGCUGAGGCAAUGAACACACUCAUUAAGGACAAGUCAUCGGCCGAGAAAGUGUACGGCUUGAGGUCGUACUCUCACGUACGCGUUGUCUACUUUGACGACUACAAAAAGAGAGGAUAUCCGUACGUCUCGACAUUCGACAACACGAGGGAGGAGCGUUCCAUUCCGAGAUCGUUUUCGUCGUCUGUGCGGCAAAUCAGAAGAUUUUGGGAUAAGAGGAAUGACCGGAUCCGUCCUCCGGGCACCGUGUCCCCGAAUGACGUCGAGGGAAUAGAACGGAAAAAGAAGUGGGAAGCAUUCAUGAACGCCGCCUGCAAAAUGACACCUGAUUCCGGUCUCAUGAACUCAUCCCUCGAGAACGACUACUGCAAGGACUGGACGAACAAGAUGCGCGGAUACAUGAAUCUUGCGCAGUGCAGCGAGACGGUAUGGUCACUGGUAGACAAAUUCUUUGGCAUGUACGAGAAAGGACUAUUGCCAAGAAUCGACGGUGUGAGAUACGUCGAUCUGCCAGGGAAAGUGGAAGGGAGGCUGCCUGGGCAAUACUUCCUCAAGGACAACUCCAACAAAAAAGUCUUGUACCAUUGCAUCAAGGUCAGAAAGGGGCCGCAAGGCGCAACGGUGUCUAUACCGGACUUGACGCCCUCAAUCUUUAAGUUGUUUGGCGAUAUGACAGCAAGAGAGAAGCAAGUGGCACUGCACCACAUGAUGCGUGGUGAUGUCAUCGUAACAUCACGUACGGUACCUCGUGGUAGAUGCAACAUAGCGGACGUGGUAAAAUAUACUCGGCGUGAGAGAUAUGUGGUCCGUAUGUUCAACUACAUAUUGUUCAAGGUCGAGGGGAGGUCAAAGGAAGAGUGGAACGCUGACUUCUUCAUCGGUUAUACGACCAUCUUGGAAAGGUACAACAAAAACGGCCUCACUGACGAGAAAUGGACCGAGGAACGCGACCGCAUCCCUGACGACAAGGCGAGGAAGGUGCCGAGGCGUUUGGGCGGUCCUGAUGAGAUUCAUGGCGGGAACGGUGCGGGGCUGGAGGCUACCCAAGCCAUGUACAAGGAAACCCCGUUCCACCUCAAGUGUUUCAUCUACGAGGUGAUCGAUUGCUUGGACGACUUGAGAGCGGAGGUUAAUCGGAUAUCCUCCAAUGCUCGUCACAUCUUUUGGGAAGUGGGGAAAAAUAUUACCAYGAUCCUGCCAUAUGAAAUCGAACCGAAGGGGGUGCUCAUCGACAACGAGGAGGUUGUUGGUACAGCGAGGGGGAUGAAGAUACGGGCAAUCAUUCUCGAUAUGUCAACAUCACAAAAAUGUGUUCCGUGGGAUGAUGACGCAUUCUCCGAAUUGCACGCUUUCCUCACGGUAUGCUGUGGCGAAAACUGGGCCUUGAUCAUUUUCGCGCCGAUGAAGCACCAGAAACAGGUGAUGCAAAGUGUGUACAAGUUCGAAAAGCCCCAAGUCGAGCACCGCAAGRACCRGGACAUAUACUAUAAGCUCGGUAGAAAGAGGGRGAAAGUGUGGGCUUACUUGUUCGGUGACGCUCCACAGUCGGCGGUUGAUAACRAYUACGUCAUCAGGAAAAGCGAACUCGAGAUAGCAAUGAACGAGUACCACGGCUCGCACAUGGGUGCUUUCCACAUGUUUGURGCACGUUGUGAGYAUCUGUAUUUCAAUAUGAAGAAAAGAGCACUGUCAGGCCGGGACUAUGCAKACUUGGCMCGUAAAGCCGGMAACUUCAACAACAUCGAUUGCGACGAAGACACGUCAGACUCCGACCUUGACGUCCCGUCGYGCRAGGCACGAGGUGCGGUGGAGGGAGCGMGUGGCGAGGAGCCRCAAGGGAGCACCAACGGACCUGCGGAGAAGKCGAGUUCGAGUAUGGGAGCAACACGUGYGAGUGAGRGAAAUGUGGAAACAAGAAUGACUGGAAGGGGAGAAAGGAAUGGUGUAGCAACUAACCCSKUGGGUGCGAGUGAGGGGAUAGUUAACUCAYAKGGCAACASAGGGGGAGGAGAGAAUGGGUGUGCAAUGGCCCCGCCGACAGCUGGGCCAUCACCGACACAUGCACCRCAGRCCGAGCAACGAACACUCACGUCCAUGGACACCGAUGAAGACGAAGAGUUGGAUAUGACAACACUCACGCCGAAGCUCGUGCCAGGAAGACCGUUGCCUCAAGGCUUUGCCCCAGACCCUUCAGUGCCAUACUUGCUGCAGGACAAGUACAAAGAGUCAUCGGAUGAGGAUUGGGGUYAUCAUAUUCUCUGGCAUGAGGGUGUGUUCGAACCGUGUGUGUUUGCAGGYCAGUGGCAGAUGGCUGUGAAGACAAGAGACCGAGGGUGGGUCGCGAAGGAAAAAGAGGACGCUGCGAUAUGGCACAACAUGACGGAAACGCAAAUUUAUCAGCGAGUUUUGAAAGAAAACGCCGGUGCAAGCGAGGAAGCUAUAGCGGCAAAGGCGAAAGCUUUGUUCGAGCAUCUGCGUGCGAACAAAAAGCUAGAAUUCAGCACAAAGUUUUACGACCUUGCAUCAAGUGUAUUGUACGGGUCCAUCAAUUGGAAAAUCGAACUGCCUUCAGCAUUACAAGGAAUCGAUAGCAUCAACUCUCUGAAGACUCAGAACGUUAUCGCAUCUAACACCAUCAUUGCGAUUGCCAGAGGGGAUUCAGCCUGCGAAACGGACACGCGUGCGAACACAGGUCACGUGCAGGAUGAACAGCAGCGACUAUGUGCUCAACAAAGCACUCCGAGAAGCGCAAUGGGGGAUUCCACAAUGAUACGCAAGGACGGCGAYGACAUGGAGUCGGGCGCAUUGGCAGAGCAGCCAACAGGGGGGGUCAACGAUCGGACAACAAACGUUCGAUCUUUCGGGUCUCUUGUARUGACAAUCGCGGCGAGGCAAGGCGUAUCUGAGAUGAUGGAAACCGAUGCUGGCCAGGAUGAUAAAAGCCAGGCGGUGAAGGUGCCACAAGAGGAGGUGGCAGCAACAACAGAGCAGACAACGAAAGGUGAGGGAUCCCGCGAACACAUUUCCAUAAUACAUAUGACAUCGAAGAGUACGGGCGAGGAUAUGAUCCAAGAGAAGGAACAGAAAGAUGACAACAAUGCGCCAAGAGUUGAAGGUGACCAUGAAAAGGAUGUGUAACAACUGAGACGGUCGACGAGGCAAGUGAUUAAAAAAGUUGUGGUGGAUGCGUAGACAUUGCUUAGAUGGUCAUGGACGUUUACACGGU